ACAGACACAAGAAAUUAGACACACCAUCUCUCCCUUCCUCCCUCUCUGUCUCUCUCCAAGAAAAUUCAAACACGAAGAAGAAAGUCAGACAAACACCAUUGACUCAUUCUCAUUCUGAUUGCUUUCCAUUGGAAGAAGUAGAAGAAGAAGAAAAAGAAGAAGAAGAAGAAGAAGAAGAUCAAAGAUACAAAGAAGAUAAUAAGAGAAACAAGAAAAAGAGCAAAAAUAAGAAGGCGACGAUAAGUGGAAGAAAAGGAAUAGGAGAAGAAGUUCAAGAGCAGAAAUAACGAAAACAAAUACACAUAAUGCCCACAAAGCUCUUACGAAAGGCAGCUGGGGUGAUGAAAGACCAAAGAAGUCUCUACCUCAUCAAGAUCUCAGGAAAGAAAGGCCUUCGAAACCCCAGCCUCGAGGCUGCCAUCAUCAAAGCCACCAGCCAUGACGAAUCCACCAUGGAUUACAAGAAUGCUAACCGUGUCUUCAACUGGAUCAAGACCUCCCCCACUUUCCUCAGACCCUUCUUUUGGUCCCUCACGAAGCGCAUCGAAAAAACUCAUAGCUGGGUUGUCACCCUCAAAGGCCUAAUGCUCAUCCAUGGCGUCUUCUGCACAAAAAUCCCCACCAUCAAGAAGAUUGGACGGCUCCCAUUCGAUCUCUCCAAUUUCCAUGACCGCUAUUCCAACUCCGCCAGGGCGUGGGGCUUCAGCGCCUUUGUUCGGGCCUACUAUGCAUUCCUUGAUCAGCAUUCCAGCUUCUUGAGCUGCAAGUGCGAACAAGAAGAAGAAGAGAUGCCAAGGGGAGGAAAAUCUAUGGAGAGGUCUCUAUCAAGAUUGCACCAACUCCAAACGUUGCUAGAUCUUUUGUUGCAGAUCAAGCCAUAUGGGGAUGGCAUGGAAGUGGGCCUUGUUGUCGAAGCGAUGGAUUGUGUUGUAAUUGAAAUCUUUGAAGUCUAUAGUGGAAUUUGCAAUGAGGUCGUGUAUGUUCUCUCUGGGAUAUUUUCAGUAAGGAACCCUCAAGCACCCAUGGCGCUGAAGAUUCUAAAGAGGGUGGCGACGCAGAAUUCCCAGCUCUCAGCCUAUUUUGCUGUUUGUAGGAACAUGGGGGUAUUGAAUGCGACAGAAUUCCCGCCCAUCGAGCAGAUUCCAGAAGAAGACAUUUACGAUAUCGAAUGCAUUAUACGCAGUGUUCAGGGAAAUCAAAAAUUGGGUUCUAUAGAAUCGGAGAAUGCACGGCCCAGCAGGAGGCAGUGGGAAGGAGAACAGAAGGAUUCCAAGAAGUCAUUGAGGACAGUCAUUACGGAGAACUGGGAAGUUUUUAAUGAUGAAUUGGAGGACGGAGGAGUGGAAGAAGGGAAGGGAAUUGGAGGAGGGAAGAAAGAUUUUGUAAAUGAUUUUGGAGCCUGUUUGGAUGUUGGUAGUAAUGGGAAUUUGAAUGGGUUUUUGCAUUUGCAGGAACAACCAAAGAAUCUAAUGCUAUUAUAGUACAAUGCCAUUGAGGUGCCUAAAAAUUAGAGGAAUUUAAUGACCAUUUGAAGGAUUUGUAAACAAAAGCACGUCUUGUUUCUCUUGGAUUUUUAUUUUAUUUUUAAUUUUGUCUUCUUUGUAUAAUGGGUUUUUUUUUUCCUCUUUUACUUUUUGAUUGGACUUUUAGUAUAAUGAGAGAAGGUUGAGUUUCAAUGCGAUGAUUUUCACAACAUGCAUGGUACUUAGUAUUAGAAUUAAUGCGUUUGGAUGUCUUAUUAAGAUAGUUUGUGAUAUUUUGACUUUGAAUUUUAAUUGUAUGUAUUUAUUAUGCUCUUUUUUAGUUUGUAAAAUUGUACAUAGUUUUUUAUAUACUGUUUGGUUGAUGCCAUAAAAAUGUGUAUAAACCACUGAUCAUCUCAUAAUAAUCACAUUUUGGUGUAAGGUUCUAACAUUUGAUCAUGUCCAACAAAAUAAACGGUCCACCUUAAUUAUAGCAAAUGGAUUAAUCAAUUGAAUAAUCAAUUUGGAUAGUCAACUUUGCGGUCCUGCUUGGAUUGCACAUCUCUCUCGUGAAUGAAAUUGAUUACAUCAACAUAACCAUUAGACCAAUGGUUAAGAAAACGGAUGGUUGAGAUUCUUUGUAAAUGAACUGACUGAUCAUGAAUACGAAGCAUCCAUCAUGUGGCCCAUUUUUAUUGCAGUGUUCUCUCAUGAAUCAAUUUGAUCAAAUCAUCCUUCACCUGUUCCAUCAAUGGCUAGGAAAAUGGAUAUUUUUUUAGAAAGGUGGGAGCACGCCACCCACCUGUAACUUUGGUUAAAUUGG